UUGGUGGAGGAGCACUCUAAAACACUGGAGAGGGUCACUGAGCAGAAGUGGCCGGUCAAUUGGGACGAUGCUGGGUUCAGUUUGGUGGGUGGGCGUGAUGAACCUCAGCUGCCCAAUCCUGGAACCUUCAUCGGUGAAUCAGGGCGGACCUGCCGAAGAUAAAAUAAAGGUUGGAGACAUCCUAGAGUCAGUGAACGGCAUCAAUCUGGACAAUGCCGACCACAGAGAGGCAGUGAGGGCAGUCAAAGAGACGAAGAGGACCCUCAGCAUUAUCUUCCGUCAGCGUAAGAGUGCGUAUCCCAUCGUCAUGGGUAUCGUACAAUCAGUGACCUCUGUACCCCACCCACCCCCUCCUCAAGUGGCAGUGGCCAACACUGAGACACUCGAGUAUUCUCUCUACGUCACGAGCAAAGAGAUCUGAUCUGGAUUCAAAUUUGAUUGGUCGACAGUAUGCACAGUCACUGACGUGGCUGCUAAUACUGAAACUCGGAGAUCGUAUCAUUAAGGUCAACAGCCAAGCCAUACAACGUAAGGCUAUACAACAUGAGAAGCCCUCUAACAUCAUGAAGCCACACAAAAACAUCCUGAGGCUUGAGAUUGAGCGACCUUACAAGAACGACCGGUCAUACCUCGGUCAAGCUCUCCCGGCAAAGAACAUUGCUGAAAGUUAGACGGACAGUAAGAGGUUGUCGUGGGCCAGUACUAGCAUCAUUCCGGUCCUCAAACCAAAGAGGGCAAUCAGCUGCGAGGAUAACACACAGCAAUCCUCUGUGUCACAUGACUCAGAGCCGCUGAGUGAAGCCAUGGCCCAGAGGAGGACCUCAUUCACCAACUAUAAGCCUCAGAGCAGAGAGACCUACAGCUCACCAGACUCAAUUAAAGGACUAUUCCUAUGAAACAGAGUCUCAGGAUAGCAGUGGCAACAAAGCUGGUCUCUAUGGUAACUGCCGUCAAGCGUAACCAUGACAGUGGUGCGGAGGCGUAUCAUCUGCAACCCCCCAGCAACAACAACCGAGGCCUACAUCUGACGGUGUUAUAUAUGGCAACUUCAAUGAGAGGAGGAUUGAAUACGAGGAAGUGCUCUUGUCUGAGCGUACUGAUAGCCAGUCUGAGAGCUAUCUCUCUGAGACUAGCUACUAUGGUGGACUGAGCAGCACUCAGAGUAUCGACCUGACCUUCCACUCCUCCAGACCACCCCCUCACAUAACAGAUUGACUGUGGACACAAUGAUGACGACGCAGGCUCCCACACAGCAUCACAGUGACGAGGAGGAGGGCACAGGUGUCGGCUUUAUGGCACGUGACGAUGCCUCAAUCACAGACUCACAGUCACUGCAGCAGGCUCUCUGUUACUUGCACUGUCAGGGGAUUGUUCACAAUGACCUGAGACCCUACUGCGGGGUCAUGGCAUCAUUAAGAGCUAG